CGGUUGACUCCAAUUCGGUUUCCUUCAUACCUGAGAUAAAGCCGGAGGUUUCCCUUCUGCGAAUCACGACAUUUGAGGCGGAUGAGAUUAUAGUGUUGGAAUUUUGUGAGUAUAUACCCAUUGGAAUGGGAAUUCUAGAACUGGGAUUUAGCGGAGUUCUGAAUGACGGAAAAGGAUUUUGCAGAAGCACCUAUGAGCACAAUGGUGAAAAGAAGUAUAUAGGAGUUACCCAAUUUGAACCAGGUGAUGCCAGGAGGUGCUUCCCAUGCUGGGAUGAACCUGGUUACAAGGCUACCUUCAAGAUAACACUAGAGGUGUCACCUGAUUUAGUGGCUCUCUCCAAUAUGCCCGCCCUGGAGGAGAAAGUUACUGGGAAUCUGAAGAUUGUCUCCUACCAAGAGUCACCAAUUAUGUCUACAUUUUUGGUAGCAAUUGUUGUUGGCUUGUUUGACUACGUGGAACAUCAGACACCCGGUGGGAUUAAAGUCAGAGUAUACAGUCAAGUGGGCAAAGCCGACCACGGGAAAUUUGCAUUGCAUGUUGGUGCAAAGACGUUGGAUCUGUUCAAAGAGAACCGUUGUUGAACGCUUCAACAAUGUCUGGUAAUGCUGAGAACAAUGUCGAUUCUAAUCAGUUUGCUGCUAUCCUUGGGAAUCAGAUCGAGGUCUCUAGGCAUAUGCAAUCACUUUCCCAUGGGAAUAAGAACACAACCACCCUGUCUCCGGGUGAUGAUCCGAUGCUUGUUGCUGCUCCUGAGGCCUCUCAAAUGAACCAGUUCUUACAAAUACUAGGCAUGUAUUGCAAUCCAGAAUACACAGAACAGAUCAGGAGUCUCAACCAAGAAUUCCAAAGCAUGACUCUGAAGCCAGAGUUCCUUCGUCUGCUGCAAUCUCCAGAGGCAAUGCAGCAAAUGGUGACUCUGCAGGAAGCACUUUUCUCUGGGUAUUGGCAUACAACCAGCCGGGCUCGGGAGCAACCUGGUGCUACCACAGGCACAGGAGACAAUGCAGAGCUUGAGGAAAUGGAGAUAUGUGCACAUGAUGUUGUGAUGAAUAAAAUAACAGGAGCAGUUGGAGUUGUGAGCCCCGACAAACUCUAUGUCCUCCCGAUUGCUGAAAUAACCCCAGAAAAACUUCGAAAAGAGGAGGUACUCCUUGUAUCGAGAAAUUUCCGGCACGGGCAGACUGUUUGUUCUGUAACAGAGAAAAGGAAGCUAGGACUUAUACUUGACAUAGAAAUGAAGGUUGACUUAGCAUCUUCUACAGGUGAUAUAGUUCACAGUGGCAUAAGAACAGCGGGUUUAGAACGGAUUAGAAGUUUAUUUGAGGAUGAUCUGGUGAUCUAUGGCUCAUGGUUAGGGCAAGUGGAAGGUGUACAACUGGGCAUAGACGUCAGGUUUGAAAACGGUGAAAAACUUACCAAUUUAGAUCCUGAUCCAAAGAGGCUUGUCCCUAUCUUCACAAACGCAGUAGAGGCCGUCAAAAAUGAGCCCUACUAUAGGGGCCAAGCCGUGAUGCUUGAUGAAGAAGAAAGAGGCAUUGUGGUGCGACAUAGAGUGAACACGGGAGUGUAUGUGAGUUGGGUCCACUCAUCUGAGCCAGGACUUAGGGAACCACCUCAACGGCUUAUGUCUAGGGAGUUAGACCGGUUCCACAACACAAGCUUCAGUGAAGGUUCUUGGGAAGUCGGUGACAGAUGUGUUUUGGAUGGACAAGACUACUUAGUUGCUAACAUGCGGUCAAAGGUUAAAGUUCAAUGGCAAGACGGGAUGGUUGAAGUAGUGGAUGGCAGAAAGGUGGUUCCCGUGGAGAGUAAAAACGAAUUUUUCAGCGGAGCAUUUGUUUGGAAGAGGAAACAAAGGAAAGUAGAGGGAGUAGUGAGGACUGUUGAAAAGAAUGUUGCUUGGGUGAGAUGGUUAAGCAACGAACCCAAGCAACCAGAGCUGUUGCACUCAUUUGAAUUAAAGCCUCAUAAAAUCUACGCCUUUAAGGUCUCAGAGGUUGUAGCUCAGGUUUUAGACAUUGGCGUUUACCAACCUCGUAGGCGUGGAUUCGUUAUUGGUCUGAAUGAUGGCCGAAUCCAAGUAAAGUGGGAUGAUGAUUCCGUCUCAAUGGUUGGCCCUAAAGACAUUGAAACUUUGUUUGAGGAUGAUAACUCUGAUUCCCCUGACGAUGAUGAUGCUAAUGAAGGUGCUUCCAACGAUGAAAGAGAUUCUUCCGAUGAUGAUGAAUCAUCUCGUCAUCUUGUACCCAGGCUGCUUGGACCUGUUUCCAGUGAUGAUGAUUAUUCUUCCAGUGAUGAUGAUUCCACCGAAGGUGCUUAUAUAAUGUCAUCUACUCCUCCUUGGGAGAACAAUGAACCUGUUUCCAGUGAUGAUGAUUCCACUGAAGGUGCUUCCAACGAUGAAGGUGCUUCUAACGAUGAAGGUGAUUCUGGUGAUGAUGAAUCUUCUAGUCAUCCUUCCAAUGAUGAUGAUUCUUCUGGUGACAAUGUCACAGACGAAGAACCAGUGCUUUAAAAGUGAACUUCAGCUUCAGGAAAACAGAGUUUUUAGUGAUGCUAAUUGCUUUUCUAGUGUUCUUAUUUUCCUUACUGUCCUAUUGAUAUUUGUUGCACAAGAACUUUCUCGUCGAUUAGUAAUGCCUGUCAGACAGCUGUUUGUAAUAACUCUC